AUGGAGGCCUUCCUUGCCUUCCUCGACCACGUUCACAGCAUGCUCACCACCACUUACCACAACACCCCGAUCAUGCUCAUGGCGUCGCCUCAAUGGUGCCGCCCCGAUAUUGAGACUCUCGCGCGCUACAUUUUCGAGAAGACCCGAACGCCCGCCCUCUGCAUGAUCCACAGCGGCAUCGCUACCCAGUACGGCCUCAAGUGGCCCGCCCUCACGGUGGUGGACAUUGGCUACGAGAAAGUCGAUGUCACCUGCAUACACGAGGGCCGCGUCGUCAACCACGGCGAGCUCGGCGCGCCAAACCCGGAGCGUUUCAUCUCGGGCGGAGAGAUGUUCACGCGCAAGCUGCUCGAGAAGCUCAAGGACAAGGACUUCACGUACGACAUGGCGGAGCAGCUGAAGAAGAGCCACAUCUGCGAGGUCCUACCUUACUCGCCCAACAGCUCCGACCUCAUGGAGCUUCCGACGGCCCAGACGGCCGGCAUGGCCGCAGGCGCCCCUAUCCCCGAGGCGGCUGCAGUCGCCGAGCCCGCCGCGCGACCUGCUUUCCCCAGCAGCAUCGAGGAAGAGCUCGAGGAGAAGGUGGCCGACGAGGGCGUCCUCGACGUCGCCGCCAUCGUCACGACUGGAAACGCGCGUGAGUUCCUUGCCAAGAAGGAGAAGGAGAAGCAGAAGGGUGGCAGGAAGGCCAAGGCCGCGCAGGAAGCCGAAACCGCGAGGCAGGUGCGUCUGCCCAACUCGAAGCGAACCCACAACACGUUUCACUUCGAAGAGGUCGUUGUGGAGGAGGUGCAGCCCCCCAAGCCCGAGGAGCCCAAGCCUGCGGAGCCCAAGCCUGAGGAAUCCAAGCCUGAGGAGUCCAAACCUGAGGAGCCCAAGCCUGAGACCACGGAGGAGCCCAAGAAGGAAGAGUCCGGUAACGCGACCGAGUCCAAGGAUGUGGAGAUGACGGACGGCCCCAAGCCUGCCGAAGACGCCACCCCCGCGCCCACGGACGGCGAGGUCAAGCCUGCAGAGACCUCGGCCCCCGCAGCACCCACAGACUCCGCAGCCCCCGCCGCGGCCCCGGAGACCAACGGGACGACCACUCAGCCCGCUGCUACCACCACCACCGACGCUCCCGCUACCACCAACGGCGCGCCCCAGAGCCCCCAGAUGCAGGCGAAGCGCGUCCGCCGCGACAUCGAGGUUGGCCUCGAGCGCUUCACCUUUGCCGACCGUGGCGAGAUCGACCGCAUCGUGACCACCAUCUACCGCACCGUCCAGGGCAUCGAGGACAUGUACAUGCGCCCCGCGUGCUGGGACAACCUCGUCUUCGUCGGCAACGGCUCGCGGCUGCGCGGCCUCAAGGACAACAUCCUCCAGACCCUCCUGGCCCGCCACCUCAUCUCCCCCAGCACGGCCACCAUGUUCACCUCGGAGCUGCCCUCCAACAUCGCCACGCCCACGGGCACCGGCGCGCAGACCCCCACGGGCUCCUUCACGGGCGUCCCGCACCAGCUCCCGGCCAACGCGGGCUCCUCGGGCGUCAACCCCCUCCUGCAAGCCGCCACGACGGCCUCGGCCCAGAACCAGGGCACGCCCGGCCCCUCGGGAAGCGCCGACGCCGUCAGCGGCACCCACUCCGGCCACCACUUCCACAGCCAGACGCCCACGAGCAUCAAGCUGGCCACCCUGCCGACCUACCUGAGCGAGUGGAACAAGAACGGCUUCGAGGAGGCCAUGUUCCUCGGCGCCCAGGUCGCCGCGCGCAUCGCCUUCUGCCAGCACAACCUCGACAUGGCCGGCCUCGAGGCCCAGCGCCAGGCCAGCCUGAGCAGAGUCGACUACAAGUGA